CGGGAAGAGUCGGAACUGCGGUUUGUGACCUUUGAUUUGCGGAAGGGCCCCGCCGAUACUAAUGCCCGCCCGGUACGAUGACGGAAUGUGGUCGGCAAAGCAGAAUGGCAUUUUGUGUCAUAGCGGGGCAUCCGUUGUGGGCUCGUGGCUCUCGGCAGCAUCAGAUGCUAGAUGCGCCGGGCCAACGGAGACCAACAGGACGGUCGACCGCUUCAUACCGCCCUUCGCCCUUUGGGACCACCCUCAAUCCUCAACGGCGCGCGUCAUGAGAGGAGGGCCCUGUAAAGUCUCUGUUGACCUCGUGGUGUUCCCCGGCACCAUGCAUGUCACUCGGCGGGCUCGUUGUGGGAGAGAGAGGAGGAACCGCGGGGUAAGGGUUGACGGCGUUGACUGUUCGAGAACAGGUUCAGCCCGGGAGAAACAGGUUGCCAAGGGCUCGGCACGCUCAUGCCCCAGACUUUUCGUCGUCCCACAGCCGUCUGCUGCUGCCGUCCAAUGGCUGCGGGCCCAGGUAGAGCCCCUUUCAGCCCUGUCCGCUCAUAUCCACGACACCGUUUUUAGCAAAACAAAACAGCCGUAUCCAUGACGCCGCGCCGUGUUGGCUGGGGCCGCCAUCUGCGGAGGAGCGUCAUGUGCCAGGCUGGACGGGGUCUCAGCCUCUGAAGUGAGGCAAGCCCCACCCCUCCGGGGAAGAGUUGUUGACAGUACGGAGUGACAAGGCAGGUAACCAGCAAGACCUUGAAACGAAUCCCUUCCUACUUUACCCGAGGAUAUCUUGCCUUACGGUGCGAUUUAAUAGAGAAUACUCGGUACAAGUCCGAGUCUCGGAGAGGAAGGUAAAACGGAAAGCAGAUAGGAGGUGGCCCAAGUGGUCCAGGCAAGACGGCUGCACAGCAGACAAGCAGAAGAGGUAGGUAGGUUCAGGUUUGUGUGAAACAGGGCCGCCUGCUUCCGGAUUGGGAUGUAUCUUUGUCGCACCAAACAAAUCACAAAUCCACCCGGCGGAACGGCCCCAGAGAGAGGAAUCGAUGCAUCGCCGCCUCUCCGUCCCGAAAGGCGACACGCAGCGACAGGGGCUUCCUUCAGACUCUCCGGAAACAAUUCGUGGCCCAGCGGCCCAAUCAUUGUGAGCCCGAAGCAGCACCCACUCGCACCCGGUUCAGUCCCGGGCUUGGAGCCGUAAAUCGCCAAGUUCUACAAGUUGGAAUGCUGUCGUCACGCCUCAUUGGAUCUGCCCUGUUUAAGGGCCCCACGUCUUUAUAUAUUCUCACUCCUCUGCCUCGGGUCUGUCUUAUCAGCACUUCCCGGUCAACACCUGCCGCAUACCCCAUACGCUCCAUACACUCCGGUUGUCAACCCUGCAGAAAGUGGAUUGCCCACAAGCCCCCAUCGUCAAGCUCGUCCCAGCUCCCGUGUUCCCUGUCGACGCUCAGCCCAAACCUAAGCCAACACGACGGCCGCGAAAAGCACUUAAGAACCAUGAACGACCCCGUUGCCAGAACCGCAUCUCCCUACACUGAUCCAUCCGUCAAAGGCCCUCGCAGCCAUCUUCUCUCUUCCCAACGUCCCUCGACCAAACCAUCCGACAUGCUCGUCAACACAGUAAACAAGACCGGCCUCCAUCCCGGCGGUGUCGUUCCUCACCAGGAGCACACCGAGCUCGAGGAGGAGCUCCACGAGAAGGCUCACAUCGACUACAACCGUGUUGCCAUCAUCGCCAACCCAUCAGUGGCCGCCCUCUACGAGGAUGCUUUGGUCUACGAGACCGGCACUGCCAUCACCUCCAGCGGUGCUCUUACCGCCUACUCCGGCAAGAAGACUGGCCGCUCUCCAUCAGACAAGCGUGUCGUCAAGGAACCAUCUUCCGAGAACGAAAUCUGGUGGGGCCCUGUCAACAAGCCCAUGACUCCUGAGGUCUGGAAGAUCAACCGUGAGCGUGCCAUCGACUACCUCAACACCAGAAAUCGCAUCUACGUCGUUGACGGCUAUGCCGGCUGGGACGAGAAGUACCGCAUCAAGGUCCGCGUUGUCUGCGCCCGCGCCUACCAUGCCCUCUUCAUGCGCAACAUGCUCAUCCGCCCCGCGCGCGAGGAGCUCGAGCACUUCCACCCCGACUACACCAUCUACAAUGCCGGUUCCUUCCCCGCCAACCGCUACACUGAGGGUAUGACCUCGGGCACCUCGGUCGCCAUCAACUUUGCCGAGAAGGAGAUGGUCAUCCUCGGUACCGAGUACGCGGGCGAGAUGAAGAAGGGUAUCUUCACCGUCAUGUUCUACGAGGGCCCCGUCAAGCACAACAUCCUGACCCUCCACUCCUCGGCCAACGAGGGCAAGGACGGCGACGUCACCCUCUUCUUCGGUCUCUCCGGUACCGGCAAGACCACCCUCUCUGCCGACCCCAACCGCGCCCUCAUCGGUGACGACGAGCACGUCUGGUCCGACACCGGUGUCUUCAACAUCGAGGGCGGCUGCUACGCCAAGACGGUCGGUCUGUCGGCCGAGAAGGAGCCGGAUAUCUACAACGCCAUCAAGUACGGCUCUGUCCUCGAGAACGUCAUCUUUGACCCCGAGACCAGGAUCGUCGACUACGACGACGUCACUCUGACCGAGAACACGCGCUGUGCCUACCCGAUCGAGUACAUCAACAACGCCAAGAUCCCCUGCCUGUCCAACAACCACCCCAAGAACAUCAUCCUCCUGACCUGCGAUGCCCGCGGCGUCCUCCCGCCCAUCUCCAAGCUCAACUCGGCCCAGACAAUGUUCCACUUCAUUUCCGGUUACACCUCCAAGAUGGCCGGCACCGAAGACGGCAUCCUCGAGCCCCAGGCGACUUUCUCGUCUUGCUUCGCCCAGCCCUUCCUCGCUCUGCAUCCCAUGCGCUACGCAAAGAUGCUCGCGCAAAAGAUCGAGGCCCACGGCGCCAACGCCUGGCUGCUCAACACCGGCUGGGUGGGCGCCGGUUUCUCCCAGGGCGGCAAGCGCUGCCCGCUCAAGUACACACGCGCCAUCCUCGACGCGAUCCACUCUGGCGAGCUGGCCAAGGUGGAGUAUGAGAACUAUGGUGUUUUCAACCUGCAGGUUCCCAAGACUUGCCCCGGCGUGCCGGACGAGCUGUUGAAUCCUCAGAAUGCCUGGACUGCGGGGGCCGACAGCUUCAAGGCUGAGGUUACCAAGCUUGGUGGGCUUUUCUUGGAGAAUUUCAAAAAGUAUGAGAGCGAGGCAACGGAUGAUGUGAGGGCUGCUGCGCCGGUUGUUUAA